UGUUAUCACUGUUGUCAUUAUCACAACAUAAUAACUGAAUGUUUUGUAUAAAAAAUCGACCAUUUGUGACAACUGUCGGUGCACAAAAGAAUCAAACGAGUGAGCAAACACAGCACAUAUUAUUCGAUCUAUCCGGCUCUGAUGAUAAUUUAUUUUUGAUAACGUAUUUUGAUGAUAAUGUCAUUCUAUUUUUGAAAUUAUCGUUGCGGAUAGGUCAUGGGGCCCUUUAUCAUUUUUUAUGUUGACAGUGAAAGUGAUUGAUACGAAUACAGCGGAACAACUUUACAUUUCCCUCAAAAUUCUUUCGAUUUGUUGUUCAUCCAACGGUGUUAUUUUCAACUUUUGGAUUUGGUUUCGGGAAUAGAAAACAUUAUUGUUUACAUUCCAGUGCGUUAACAAUUCUAAUGAUCAGAAAACUUGAAAUUUGCAAUACAUUCGCAAAAUUAUCAGAGAAAAAGUGUGCCUCUGUAGAGGUACAAAGCCCUUGUUUGUGUGUUUUUUUUUCAAUACGCAUAUAAAUCGAAAGCCAGAGAUUUUCGGACAAACAGUUUAUAUUUAUUUUUCACAACGAUUACACAUUAUCAACGUUAUAUUAGACAGCAUAAUGAACAGGAUUAUACAGCAAAAAUUUACGGUUAAAAAUUUCUACAAAGCCUUAACGAAAAGUUAUUCGGUUACAGAGAAAGUUACGAAAAAGACAAUUCAAUUACCUCAACAGGCUGAUGUCGUUAUUAUUGGUGGAGGGAGUGCAGGAUGUCAUACGUUGUAUCAUCUGGCAAAACGUGGUGUCAAAGCAGUUUUAUUGGAACGAUGUAAAUUAACGGCGGGUACGACAUGGCAUACAGCUGGGUUGCUCUGGCGUAUUCGACCAAGUGAUGUUGACAUUCAGCUCUUGAAUCGAAGCAGAGAUAUGUUGAUUGAUAUCAAAGAAAAUACUGAAUUCGAUCCGGGAUGGCAACAAAAAGGUGGUCUCUUCAUUGCCCAUGAAAAGAUUCGCAUUGACGAAUACAAGCGGUUGUCAACCAUUGGAAAAUUGAUGGGCAUUGAAAAUGCGAUGCUUUCAUCGGUUGAAGCACAACAAAUUUUCCCACUUCUAAAUCCAAAAUCCUUCAUUGCGGCCCUUUAUUCACCUGGUGACGGGGACAUCGACCCAACAUUGUUAUGUACCGCUUUGACAAAGCUUGCAGUUCAAACAUCAAAUGCUCAAGUCAUUGAAGAUUGCCCAGUGAAAGAGAUAAUCACCGAACAACGUGACAGAGGAGUAAACAAAAUUAUUGGCUUACGAACUGACCACGGUGACAUUAAAACGAAUUGUGUUGUGAAUACAACUGGUGUAUGGGCAAAUGAUUUACUCGAACCGUUGGGCAUUGCACUGCCUUUGAUUCCAAUGAUGCAUUCUUAUAUUGUGUCUGAUCCGAUCGAAGGUAUUCGUGGUAUGCCAAAUGUCCGAGAUCACGAUGCAUCGAUAUACUUUCGAAUUCAAGGUUCUUCCAUUUGCAUGGGUGGAUAUGAACGAAACCCUGUUAUUUUAGACUCGGUGGCCAAGGAUUUCAAUUUCGGUUUGUACGAUUUAGAUUGGUCGACAUUUGAAAGUCAUGUUAAGGGAUCGGAAGAGCUUUGCCCAGUGUUUGCGACCACUGGCAUUAAAAGCACAAUUUGUGGACCAGAAUCGUUUACACUGGAUCAUAAACCGAUUAUGGGACCAGAUCCUCGUUUGAUCGGUCUAUUCCAUAGCAGCGGGUAUAGUUCGGCAGGAAUGAUGUUUGGCGGUGGUUGUGGCGAACAAUUGGCCGAGUGGAUCAUUCACGGUCGUCCUGAAUUUCAUAUGUAUAACUAUGACAUCAGACGCUUCGUGCCGAAACAAAUGGAAGAUACGAAAUUUGCGAAGGAACGCAGUCAUGAAGCCUAUGGCGAUAACUAUGCAAUGGUUUUUGCGCAUAUGCAACCACUGGCGGGACGAAAUUUCAAAACGGAUCCAUUGCAUGAAGAAUUGGUUUUGAAUGGAGCUGUUAUGGAGGAGAAACAAGGAUACGAACGUCCCGCAUUUUUUUACAAAGAAAAAGCACCGAUCAAUAUUCCUCCGUACGAUUGGUUCGGCGCAUACGAUCAUCCGGUUAAUUCAGACAAAACGUAUAUGCGUAUUUUGAAAGGAGAUCAAAAAUAUGACUUUUCUGACCAUCACGAAAGGAUUGGCGCGGAGGCAAUGAGCUGUCGAAUUAAAGCGGCUGCGUUUAAUUUGAGCAGCUUUUAUAAGAUUUUGAUCGAAGGGCCCGAGGCAAAGGUAGCAAUGGAAUGGAUUUGUACCAAUGAUAUCAACAAACCACCAAACUCAAUCGUUUAUACAUGUACCCUCAACGGUCGUGGUGGUGUUGAAGCGAAUUUCAUGGUCACAGUUCUAGAAUCAGGCGACGGUAGUUUAAGCAAUCCCAAAUUUAAUGGAAACGAAUACUACAUAGUUGGUGAUGGUGCAUACGCUAGUCACACGCUGGCACACAUAAAUGAGACGAUCGACGAACGAAGAUUCAAUGUCACCGUACGAGAUCUUACUGAUGAAAUGGGAAUUAUUUCCAUUCAAGGACCAUUUAGUCGCGCAAUCAUUGAAGAGUUAACUGCCCUGAAGUUAAGCCAAGAGACGUUACCGUACCACAAGAGUAUGGUAGUUCAAUUCAAAGAUAAGAAUUUGAGAGAGUCAUUUGCGAUUCGAAUUUUGCGAAGUGGUGUUGUCGGUGAGCUUGGCUAUGAGAUUCAUGUUGAGAAUAAAUAUUGUGCCAGUGUUUAUAACAAAAUAAUGAACGUUGGCUCUGAAUAUGGUUUAAGAGAUGCUGGUUUUCGUGCAUUCUAUUCGUUGAGCUGUGAAAAAGGCACUCAUCGUUGGGGUUACGAUUUACGAUCCGACGACACUCCAGUGGAAGCGAAUUUAGAGUCUAUUUGCCGAGAAAGCGGUGCAUACAAAGGAAGAAAUGUGGUUGAAAAGCAGCAAAAUGAAGGCAUACAUAAGCGGCUAGUGUAUUUAACUCUAAGCGAAGAAGUUCCAUUAUGGGGAUUAGAAGGUGUUUAUCGUAACAGCGAAGCAGUUGGCCACCUGAGAUGGGCUGAAUAUGGAUAUAUGACUAACAAAUCCAUUGGCAAAUCAUAUAUUCAUCGUUCCGAUGGACAACCAAUCGAUACAGAAUACUUGAAACAAGGCACAUACGAAAUUGACGUCCUUGGUAAAUUAUAUCCAGCAAAAUUGCAUCUCAGUUCACCGUUUGAUAAAACUAAUCAGCGUAUUCUGGGAUAUUAUAACGAAAUUCCUGACAAUCUAUGAUUUAAAAAGUCAAAACUUUUCUAAUGAAUAUUAUUGAUCAAUUUGAUAAUUACUUGCCAUUGAUAAUUAAGAAUUUAGAUAAAUUCACAACUUUAUCACCCUUUUUGGGUGUGUUUUUCAAUGUUUUUUUUCUACUUUGUGAUCACAAUAAAUACUAAUUUUACGAGCAA